AUGCUGCUGCCGGAAACUGACGAAGUUCUGGACACCGUAUUCGUGGGGAAUUUGCCGUUUAAAACGAAAGAAAGUCAGGUGGAAGACAUGUUUCAGCAGUACGGAUUCAUUCGAAAUAUAAAGAUUAAACGCGAAUUCGGGUGUGCAAUCGCUUUUGUUCAGUUUAGAGAGAGCAGCGACGCCGAUUUCGCAGUCUACGGUGUCAACAACGCGGUUGUUGGCAAUUUCCGUGUCUACACCGACCUGACGACAGGAUUCGUCGAGCCAUGGAGUUACUCAUACGACGCGUUUGAAAUUCCCAAAGAAUCGAAGCUCCGCCCAUUGAAAUUCCUCGUGAUUGUCGAUAAUCUUCCAUCGAGUGCAUCAUGGCAAGAUGUUAAAGAUCAUAUGAGAGACACUCAUGGUAUUAAAUCGACAAAUGUGGAUUUUAAAACCGACCGAGCUUAUGUGGAGUUUGAAGAUCAAAGAGGCGCGGAAUAUGCUGUCAAAAGAUAUCAUCAAUCGCUUUUCCGAUCGCAUAGAGGAGAAACUAGAUACAUAAAUGUUCGUCUUGGCACGCCGAACCCACACAAAUUUGCGGAUAAUAUCAAAAAUCGAUCAUUUACUCGUCAGCGAUCGAUGUCACCGAUUCGUAGAAGUUCGGGUGGAAGAGACUUGAAGAGAGUUGCAUUUAGGGAUGAGAGAAGAUCCGUCUCCUGCAAACGCCCCCGUGAACACAAUCGUUCUCCGAUCCGUCGUCGCCCCUCUCUAGAAGAUUCUCCGAUCCGCCGAUCGUCCACUGAUGAAACCGAUGACUCGCGCCGAUCAACUCGUAGCAAAUACCGAAAGGAAUCGUCGAGCCCAUCUGUCAGCCGUUCCCCAUCUCCAGAAAGUUCCGAUUCGAGUAAUGUGGAUAUUAAAUAA